GCGACCCCUGCGGUCAUCAUGAUGGGGAUGGGGACGCGACCACACAACUCCCUCCCAUUCAAUUCAGCACUACAGUCCCGCACUUCACCACCUCCUCACGACAACCUUUCUACCCCACAGCAAUCUGUAGAUGAAGGAGAGUUGUCCACCAUUGACGUCGUUAUCCAGCCUCGCCCGCCUUCAAUUCGACGUCAAGCAUCAAACGACUGUACGCGAAUGAAUCCCUGACACCACCUGCAUUCCUUCAAACCCUCAGCCCUUUCGACCUCUACGGGCUUCCUUUGGACCCCUCUUCCCUACCAAGGCCGAUAGAACUUGCAAUUUGGC